GGCUUCGCGGCCGCCGCGGAGGGAGCGCUUGUUGGUUCUAUUUUGUUCUGCGCGUCAGAGCUUGUUUGGGGGCAGCUACUGUGGUACCUGGCGUCAGCUAUGGCGGAGACGAUGGAUUUGGGCAAAGACCCCAACGGGCUCACCCAUUCCUCGACUCUGUUCGUGAGGGAAGAUGGCAGUUCCAUGUCCUUCUACGUGCGUCCCAGCCCGGCCAAGCGCCGGGUCUCGACGCUCAUCCUGCACGGCGGCGGCACCCUAUGUCGGGUGCAGGAGCCCGGGGCCGUGCUGCUGGCCCAGCCGGGGGAGGCGGCGGCCGAGGCCUCGGGCGACUUCAUCUCCACGCAGUACAUCAUGGACUGCGUGGAUCGCAACGAGAGGCUCGACCUGGAGGACUAUCGACUCGGCUCGGCGGCCGACCAGGCACCGGAGACGAAGCCCGGGGCCCAGGCCGAGGGGGGUGCCGCGGCCGCGGCCGCCGCGCAGUCCGAGCCGCAGCCGCACGGGGGGCGCAUCGCCUUCACCGACGCGGACGACGUGGCCAUCUUGACGUACGUGAAGGAAAAUGCCCGCUCGGCGAGCUCCGUCACUGGCACCGCUUUGUGGAAGGCGAUGGAGAAAAGCUCGCUCACCCAGCAUUCGUGGCAGUCCCUGAAGGACCGCUACCUCAAGCACCUGCGGGGCCAGGAGCAUAAGUACCUGUUGGGGGACGCCCCAGUGAGCCCCUCGUCCCAGAAGCUCAAGCGGAAAGCUGAGCAGGAUCCCGAAGCUGCUGACAGCGGGGAACCACAGAAUAAGAGAACUCCAGACUUACCUGAGGAAGAAUAUGUAAAGGAAGAGAUCAAGGAAAAUGAUGAAGCAGUCAAAAAGAUGCUUGUAGAAGCCACCCGGGAGUUUGAGGAGAUUGUGGUUGAUGAGAGCCCUGAUUUUGAAAUACACAUAACCAUGUGUGACGAUGAUCCACCCACACCUGAGGAAGAUUCUGAGACACAGCCUGAUGAGGAUGAGGAAGAAGAAGAAGAAGAAAAAGUUUCUGCACCAGAGGUGGGAGCUGCUAUUAAGAUCAUCCGGCAGUUAAUGGAAAAGUUUAACUUGGAUCUGUCAACAGUAACACAAGCCUUCCUAAAAAAUAGUGGUGAGCUGGAGGCUACUUCCUCCUUUUUAGAGUCUGGUCAGAGGGCUGAUGGGUAUCCCAUUUGGUCCCGACAGGAUGACUUAGAUUUGCAAAAAGAUGAUGAGGAUGCCCGAGAUGCAUUGGUCAAAAAAUUUGGUGCUCAGAAUGUAGCUCGGAGGAUUGAAUUCCGAAAGAAAUAAUUGGCAGGAUAUGAGAAAAGAGAAAACAUGUGGCAAGUGAGGUU